UUUAAUUAAAAAGUAAACUUUAAUGUCAAAAUGCAAACUUGGGGAGGGCAGAAAGAUCACACACAAGGCUGUCACUUCACACUUGGAGGAUUGCACAGUGGCCAGGCAGAGGCGCUCUUCACUUCCCAGACUGUGAGGUGGCUGGGCAGAGGUGCACCUCACUUCCCAGACAGUGCAGAAGUAUGGUAUUAUUUAUACCAAUGGUGAUAUAAAGAUUCUGGCAGUCCACUUCUACUUCCUUGAAUCACUCAUUCUGGUAGCAUCCCAUUAUAUUGUAGGGUUUAUCUUGUUCAAGUUCCUAACUUGGUAUUUCAAAAUUAUUAUCUAGUUUCACUUCAUUCUUUUUUAUCAUUUCAGAAACCCUAACCUACUGUUUUUAUUAGCUAUGCCAAGUUCAAGAUAGUGCCUUUUUUUUUUUUGAGAAUGUUUCUGGUGACCCUGUAAAAUGAAAAGCUCAAAUAUUUCAAGAUUAAUUUUCUCAUAGGAAUAAAUGUUAAAUAGGAUUGAUGCAUUCUUGGAGCACAUAAUACAAUCACUGGGGUAUAUUUUUGCUUAUAAGCAUGAAAAACAAAGGCAUAAUUAUGUGGACAUAUUUUCUUAUCACAUAAGACUUCUGGCUAGGCAUGGUGGCUCACGCCUGUAUCCUAGCACUUUGGGAGGCCAAGGCGGGUGGAUCACUUGAGGCCAGGCAUUCGAGACCAGCCUGGCCAAUAUGGUGAAACUCCGACUCUACAAAAUAUACGAAAAAAAAAAAACAUUAGCUGGGCCUGGUGGCACAUGCCUAUAGUCCCAGCUACUUGGGUGGCUGAGGUAGGAGAAUCAUUACUUGAACCUGGGAGGCGGAGGUUGCAGUGGGCCGAGAUCACACCAUUGCAGUCCAGCCUGGGCGACAGAGUGAGACUCUGCCUCAAAAAAAAAAAAAAAGACUUCUGGCUGGGUGUGAUGGUUCACACUUGUAAUUCCAGUGCUCUGGGAUGCCAAAGCAAGAGGAUUGCUUGAGGCCAGGAGUUCAAGUCCAGCCUGGGCAACAUAGUGAGACCCUGUCUCUACAAAAAAAAGUUAAAAAUCAGCCAGGUGUGGUGGCAUGUUCUUAUAGUCCCCAACCACUUAGGAGGGUGAGGUGGGAGGAUCACUCAAACCCAGGAGAUUGGGACUGCAAUGAGCUGUGGUUGCACCACUGCACUCCAGCCUGGGCAACAGAGCAAUACCCUGUCUCUAAUGGGGAAAAAAAAAAAAAAAAGACUCCCAUUCCAAAGUUACUGAUUUGAGCGUUCUUUUUCACACUGGCACUAAUACCUCCACUUAAUGAAUGCGCUUGGUUGAUGUUUUUACAGCUGUAAGAAAUAUUGUAAAACAUAGCAAUAAAUAUUAAAAUAUAAAGGUUAGCAUGGUAAUCACCAAAAUCACAAGGCUGAAAUUCUAGUGCAUUUAACAAGAAUAUGGGCCAGGUGUGGUGGCUCACACCGGUAAUGCCAGCACUUCAGGAGGCCAAGGUGGGUAGAUCACUUGAGGUCAGGAGUUCGAGACCAACCUGGCCAACAAGGCAAAACCUUUUAUAUAUUUACUAAAAAAUAUAAAUUAGCCAGGCGUGUUUUUGGGCGCCUGUAAAUGCCAGCUUCUCUGGAGGCUGAGGCAAGAGAACUGCUUGAACCCGGGAGGUGGAGAUUGUAGUGAGCUGAGAUCACGCCACUGCACUCCAACCCCAGGCGACAGCGCGUCUCCGUCUCAAAAACAAAAAAAAGAAAAGAAAAAUGAUUCCCACAAUAUUGGAAAAGGGUAGUGGGUGCUAAUUUUCUUACCAAUGGAGGUGUUACUGCUGUGUAAUAAUAGCAUAAAUACAUAUAGAGUUCACUUGACUUAACCAGUUUUAAAAUUAAACACUCCCUGAUGAAUUUUAAUGGGUAAUUUCUAUUUUACAUUUACACAUAUUUGGUUUUAACAAAAAUCUAAAUAAUAAUGCUUUUAGCAAGAUAGUGAUUCAGUUAAUUACGAUUAGCUCAACGUCUUAAAGAUUUCAGAGCCUAGGACUCUUAUGAAUAUCUUAAAUUUUACUUCUUGGUGGCAACAUGCUCUAGCACAGGUGUCAUAUCUGUUGCCUAGGAAACGGGGUCGAGGAAGGACCGGUACCUAGAUAAGGCAGGCAUGGCAAAAUUUUUAUGGCAACCCUUGCUGCUUCCAACAAAAUCAGUAACUUUUUCCAAGAAAGGGAGAAAUGACCUUAGGUAGGCAAUAAGUUCUUACCACAUCCUUUCUUUGGUUGGUCUCACAUUCUUCUCUUAUCAUUUCAUAUAGGAGGAUCAUCUGUCAGUAGCCUGUUCACCCGUUAGUCUUACUAAGCCAUUUCUCAUUUAAAAAUGUCGUUUGAAAUACUGAAUCCUCUAGGACAAGAUAUGGUUAUACAAGCUCUUCAGAAAACUAACAACAGAAGUAUAGAAGCAGCAAUUGAAUUCAUUAGUAAAAUGAGUUACCAAGAUCCUCGACGAGAGCAGAUGGCUGCAGCAGCUGCCAGACCUAUUAAUGCCAGCAUGAAACCAGGGAAUGUGCAACAAUCAGUUAACCGCAAACAGAGCUGGAAAGGUUCUAAAGAAUCCUUAGUUCCUCAGAGGCAUGGCCCGCCACUAGGAGAAAGUGUGGCCUAUCAUUCUGAGAGUCCCAACUCACAGACAGAUGUAGGAAGACCUUUGUCUGGAUCUGGUAUAUCAGCAUUUGUUCAAGCUCACCCUAGCAACGGACAGAGAGUGAACCCCCCACCACCACCUCAAGUAAGGAGUGUUACUCCUCCACCACCUCCAAGAGGCCAGACUCCCCCUCCAAGAGGUACAACUCCACCUCCCCCUUCAUGGGAACCAAACUCUCAAACAAAGCGCUAUUCUGGAAACAUGGAAUACGUAAUCUCCCGAAUCUCUCCUGUCCCACCUGGGGCAUGGCAAGAGGGCUAUCCUCCACCACCUCUCAACACUUCCCCCAUGAAUCCUCCUAAUCAGGGACAGAGAGGCAUUAGUUCUGUUCCUGUUGGCAGACAACCAAUCAUCAUGCAGAGUUCUAGCAAAUUUAACUUUCCAUCAGGGAGACCUGGAAUGCAGAAUGGUACUGGACAAACUGAUUUCAUGAUACACCAAAAUGUUGUCCCUGCUGGCACUGUGAAUCGGCAGCCACCACCUCCAUAUCCUCUGACAGCAGCUAAUGGACAAAGCCCUUCUGCUUUACAAACAGGGGGAUCUGCUGCUCCUUCGUCAUAUACAAAUGGAAAUAUUCCUCAGUCUAUGAUGGUGCCAAACAGAAAUAGUCAUAACAUGGAACUAUAUAACAUUAGUGUACCUGGACUGCAGACAAAUUGGCCUCAGUCAUCUUCUGCUCCAGCCCAGUCAUCCCCGAGCAGUGGGCAUGAAAUCCCUACAUGGCAACCUAACAUACCAGUGAGGUCAAAUUCUUUUAAUAACCCAUUAGGAAAUAGAGCAAGUCACUCUGCUAAUUCUCAGCCUUCUGCUACAACAGUCACUGCAAUUACACCAGCUCCUAUUCAACAGCCUGUGAAAAGUAUGCGUGUAUUAAAACCAGAGCUACAGACUGCUUUAGCACCUACACACCCUUCUUGGAUACCACAGCCAAUUCAAACUGUUCAACCCAGUCCUUUUCCUGAGGGAACCGCUUCAAAUGUGACUGUGAUGCCACCUGUUGCUGAAGCUCCAAACUAUCAAGGACCACCACCACCCUACCCAAAACAUCUGCUGCACCAAAACCCAUCUGUUCCUCCAUACGAGUCAAUCAGUAAGCCUAGCAAAGAGGAUCAGCCAAGCUUGCCCAAGGAAGAUGAGAGUGAAAAGAGUUAUGAAAAUGUUGAUAGUGGGGAUAAAGAAAAGAAACAGAUUACAACUUCACCCAUUACUGUUAGGAAAAACAAGAAAGAUGAAGAGCGAAGGGAAUCUCGUAUUCAAAGUUAUUCUCCUCAAGCAUUUAAAUUCUUUAUGGAGCAACAUGUAGAAAAUGUACUCAAAUCUCAUCAGCAGCGUCUACAUCGUAAAAAACAAUUAGAGAAUGAAAUGAUGCGGGUUGGAUUAUCUCAAGAUGCCCAGGAUCAAAUGAGAAAGAUGCUUUGCCAAAAAGAAUCUAAUUACAUCCGUCUUAAAAGGGCUAAAAUGGACAAGUCUAUGUUUGUGAAGAUAAAGACACUAGGAAUAGGAGCAUUUGGUGAAGUCUGUCUAGCAAGAAAAGUAGAUACUAAGGCUUUGUAUGCAACAAAAACUCUUCGAAAGAAAGAUGUUCUUCUUCGAAAUCAAGUCGCUCAUGUUAAAGCUGAGAGAGAUAUCCUGGCUGAAGCUGACAAUGAAUGGGUAGUUCGUCUAUAUUAUUCAUUCCAAGAUAAGGACAAUUUAUACUUUGUAAUGGACUACAUUCCUGGGGGUGAUAUGAUGAGCCUAUUAAUUAGAAUGGGCAUCUUUCCAGAAAAUCUGGCACGAUUCUACAUAGCAGAACUUACCUGUGCAGUUGAAAGUGUUCAUAAAAUGGGUUUUAUUCAUAGAGAUAUUAAACCUGAUAAUAUUUUGAUUGAUCGUGAUGGUCAUAUUAAAUUGACUGACUUUGGCCUCUGCACUGGCUUCAGAUGGACACACGAUUCUAAGUACUAUCAGAGUGGUGACCAUCCACGGCAAGAUAGCAUGGAUUUCAGUAAUGAAUGGGGGGAUCCCUCAAGCUGUCGAUGUGGAGACAGACUGAAGCCAUUAGAGCGGAGAGCUGCACGUCAGCACCAGCGAUGUCUAGCACAUUCUUUGGUUGGGACUCCCAAUUAUAUUGCACCUGAAGUGUUGCUACGAACAGGAUACACACAGUUGUGUGAUUGGUGGAGUGUUGGUGUUAUUCUUUUUGAAAUGUUGGUGGGACAACCUCCUUUCUUGGCACAGACACCAUUAGAAACACAAAUGAAGCCAGGUGUGGUGGCUCACACCUGUAAUCCCAGCGCUUUGGAAGGCCACAGCAGGAAGAACACUGGAACCCAGGAGUUUGAGAUCGGCCUGGGCAACAUAGUUAUCAACUGGCAAACAUCUCUUCACAUUCCACCACAAGCUAAACUCAGUCCUGAAGCUUCUGAUCUUAUUAUUAAACUUUGCCGAGGACCCGAAGAUCGCUUAGGCAAGAAUGGUGCUGAUGAAAUAAAAGCUCAUCCAUUUUUUAAAACAAUUGAUUUCUCCAGUGACCUGAGACAGCAAUCUGCUUCAUACAUUCCUAAAAUCACACACCCAACAGAUACAUCAAAUUUUGAUCCUGUUGAUCCUGAUAAAUUAUGGAGUGAUGAUAAUGAGGAAGAAAAUGUAAAUGACACUCUCAAUGGAUGGUAUAAAAAUGGAAAGCAUCCUGAACAUGCAUUCUAUGAAUUUACCUUCCGAAGGUUUUUUGAUGACAAUGGCUACCCAUAUAAUUAUCCGAAGCCUAUUGAAUAUGAAUACAUUAAUUCACAAGGCUCAGAGCAGCAGUCGGAUGAAGAUGAUCAAAACACAGGCUCAGAGAUUAAAAAUCGCGAUCUAGUAUAUGUUUAACACACUAGUAAAUAAAUGUAAUGAGGAUUUGUAGAAGGGCCUGAAAUGCGAGGUGUUUUGAGGUUCUGAGAGUAAAAUUAUGCAAAUAUGACAGAGCAAUAUAUGUGUGCUCUGUGUAUAAUAUUUUAUUUUCCUAAAUUAUGGGAAAUCCUUUUAAAAUGUUAAUUUAUUCCAGCCGUUUAAAUCAGUAUUUAGAAAAAAAUUGUUAUAAGGAAAGUAAAUUAUGAACUGAAUAUUAUAGUCAGUUCUUGGUACUUAAAGUACUUAAAAUAAGUAGUGCUUUGUUUAAAAGGAGAAACCUGGUAUCUAUUUGUAUAUAUGCUAAAUAAUUUUAAAAUACAAGAGUUUUUGAAAUUUUUUUGAAAGACAGUUUUUGUUUUAUCUUGCUUUAACCAAAUAUGAAACAUACCCCGUAUUUUACAGAGCUCUUUUUUCCCCUCAUAACCUUGUUUUUGGUAGAAAAUAAGCUAGAGAAAUUAAGCCAUCGUGUUGGUGAGUGUUCCUAGGCUAAUGAUAAUCUGUAUAAUUCACAUCCUGAAACUAAGGAAUACAGGGUUGAAAAAAUAUUAAUAUGUUUGUCAGAAGGAAAAAUAAUGCAUUUAUCUUCCCCCCCCCACCCCCCACCCCCCGCCCCGUGGAAUAUUUAAUCUAUUUAAUCUUCUUGCAUUUAUUUCUCAAGAAUUACUGGCUUUAAAAGAAGCCAAAGCACUACUAGCUUUUUUUCCAUAUUGGUAUUUUUGAUGCUGCUUCCAAUUUUAAAAGGGAACAAAGCUGCCAUAAAUCGAAAUGUUCAAUACUAAAAGCUAAAAUAUUUCUCACCAUCCUAAGCAGAUAAUUAUUUUAAUUUUCAUAUACUUUUCCUGUAUAGUAACUAUUUUGAUUAUAUCAUCAAUGUUACCUGUUUCCUCUUUCAGAACAGUGCUGCAUAUACAGAUUGUUAUUGGCAAAGGAAAAUCUGGCUAUCUGGCAAUAUUUUACCUAAGGGCAGAUUAAUUGGUGAAAAAAUUAACUCUUAAGAUGGCCAUUUAUAAUUAGGAAAGUUUACAGAGUGGUCUUAGUAGAAAAUUCAAGUCCUCCUAAUUUAUUUAAGGUUCAAUAAUGCGUUCAACAUGCCUGUUAUGUAUAACGCUUAGGUUCUAAGGAAGAUUAAGGUUUCAUACCAAAAUACAUGUAGCUUAUCUUUUAGGAAGGGGAAAAAGGCUCUAUUUUGACCAUAGUAAAAUUUGUGUUGUAUUUUAUUUCCUUUUCUUAAGCUCCACUGAUAAGGGAUUGUUUUUAUCAAAAGUUACUAUUUGUAGAUUGGAGGCAUAAUUUUAGUGAUUUUCAUACUUUUAGCUUUCUUCGCAUAAAAGCUAAUUGAAACCAUAUAUGUAGUAAAAUUAAAGGCAGAGCUGUUGCAGUUGAAUUGGAGAGUCAGGGCAAAGAACACUUAUUAGCCCACACUUCCCACCUUUCUACAGGUGGUCCUUUCAGAGCUCAGCCUGAAAACCUACUACUGUGUUAUCAUGGGUCUUUUGGGGUUAGUGGUUCUUUUGAGAAUCUGAAGGAAGCUGUGGACUCUUCCUAGAAAAAAAAAACAACAACACAUACACAUACAAUGUUGCAUGCAGUUUCAAGGGAUUUUGGACAUAUUGAAACCUAUCACAGGCUGUAGGUUAUGGACCUCUGUGCCAUGAGAAAAUUGAUACAUUAAAUGAAGAACUUUGUUUUUAACUUACCAAUCACUACUCAGCACAUCUUAUAUAAGCUGAUAAUUUGUGAUGGAAAAGGUCUGUAGCAUGUGAUACAAGGUGACCUUAUGAAUGCCUCUCUUGCUGGUACGUUAAGUUGUUUUAAUAUAUCAUUUGGAGGGGACUGAAAUGUUAGGCUCAUUACAAGCUUGAUACAGAAAUAUUUCUGAAGGAUUUCUAAUCAGAAUUGUAAAACAAUGUACUAUCAUGAAAUCGCAGUCUUCACCUCAUGGUUCAUGGAACAUUUGGUUAGUCCCAUAAAAUCCUAGCAAAACAAAGUAGUUCAAGAAUUUUUAGGUGGGUACUCACAUUUAUAAGGUAUUCCUCUUACUCUUUGGGCUUUUUCAGUCUGAUUUAUUUAAAUUUUCAUUUAGUUGUUUUACUUUUGGACUAAGGUGCAAUACAGUAGAAAAUAACUUUGUUACAUUUAUGUUGUAGGAAAACUAAGGUGCUGUCUCCUCCCCCUUCCCUUCCCACAAAAUCUGUAUUCCCCCUAUUGCUGAAAUGUAACAGACACUACAAAUUUUGUAUUCUUUUUUUGUUUUUUGUUUUGAGACAGGGUCUCACUCUGUCACCCAGGCUGGAGGGCAGUGGCGCUUCACAGCUCACUGCAUCCUCAACCUUGGGGGCUCACGCAGUCCUCCCGCCUCAGCCUCCCAAGUAGCUGGGCAUGCGCCACCAAGCCCAGCUAAUUUUUGUAUCUUUAGUAGAGAUGGGGUUUCGCCAUGUUGCCCAGGUUGGUGUGGAAUUCCUGGGCUCCAGUUAUAUGCCCACCUCAGCCUCCCAAAGUGCUGGGAUUACAGACGUGACCCACCGCGCCUGGCGCAAAUAUGUAUUCUUUUAAAAUUUCCUCUGAUACUAUAAGCUUUUUGCAUUUAUCUGAAGCAGUAUACAUGCCUUUGGUAUCAGCAAUUUUAACAGUUUGGAUAUACUUAUCAGCUAUCUUAUUCCAAAACUACAUCUACUUCUUCCAGUAUAGAAUCUGGUGCUUCCUGACCAAAAAGAUGAGAAAAACAAUGUUAAAAAUAUAGAUGCUUUCCAUUGAAAUGGAGUGAAAACAUUGGUUCUAUAUGUUUUCUUUUAAAAUAAUUUUCUUAUUAAAAACUUGCUGUCUUUAUUAUACUUACCCUUUUUAUGCAUAUCAAUAGUAUUUAUAAGAUGUGUUCUAUAAUUAUGUAAUUGUAGAUACUGUUAUGUAUUGUCCAGUGACAUCAUAAGGCAGGCCCUACUGCUGUAUCUUUUCUACCUUCUUAUUUGUAAUAGAAACUAUAGAAUGUAUGACUAAAAAGUCACUUUGAGAUUGACUUUUUUAAAAAGUUAUUACCUUCUGCUGUUGCAAAGUGCAAAACUGUGAGUGGAAUUGUUUUAUUCUGACUUAAUGUGUUAGAAAUUAGAGAAUACAGUGGGAGGAUUUUUAGACAUUGCUGCUGCUGUUACCCAAGGUAUUUUAGAUAAAAAAUUUUUAAUAAACAUCCCUUUGGUAUUUAAAGUGGAACAUUUAGCCUGUUCAUUUUAAUCUAAAGCAAAAAGUAAUUUGGGUCAAAAUAUUGGUAUAUUUGUAAAGCGCCUUAAUAUAUCCCUUUGUGGAAGGCACUACACAGUUUACUUUUAUAUUGUAUUGUGUAUAUAAGUAUUUUGUAUUAAAAUUGAAUCAGUGGCAACAUUAAAGUUUUAUAAAAUCAUGCUUUGUUAGAAAAGGAAUUACAGCUUUGCAAUAUAACUAAUUGUUUCGCAUAAUUCUGAAUGUAAUAGAUAUGAAUAAUCAGCCUGUGUUUUUAAUGAACUUAUUUGUAUUUUCCCAAUCAUUUUCUCUAGUGUAAUGUUUGCUGGGAUAAUAAAAAAAAUUCAAAUCUUUCAA